CAAAAAACCAACCAGAUUCUGGGUUAAGAAACUGCUAUAUCAUCAUAAAAUAUAGAUUCUGGGUUCUUCUAUUCGUCAAGGGUUUCUUUCAGUUCGUUGUUUAACCCAGAUUUCUACAAGCUUCACUUUUAAUUUCUGGGUUUGCUGGCGCCAUGAACAUUGGUGUUGGGGGAAUCAAAACUCGCCCGUAUCAUAAUUUGCAAUCAAAGCUGUCCACUUUUUUCUAGAUCCUUGGCUGAGUUUACAGUAAUUAUGAGCAAAAGAAUGAAGGGAUUCAAGCUGAUUGAUCAUCGAUUUGCAGCCCAGUGAUGCACAAAACCAAGGGGUUAGCUGGGAAAUUGGAAUUCUAAGGCUAGAAUUGAGAAAAAUUCUGGGGUUUUAAAAAGCUCUCCUUUUUGGGGCAGUUUGGAAGGAGGUGAUUCUAGUCGCUCUGAGUAGGGAGUGAGAGGAGGGAGUGUAGCUGUCGGAGAGGACAGUGAGAAGUUCCAUAAUUUUGACUUUGAGAUAGGAGACAGAGUGUCUAAACCGGACUCAGCAGACACCCUACUGGACACACAAUGACGGCUUGAAGCCAUCAAGAGAAAGUAAGAAACUGCAAUGGAAUUGUUGUUGGGAUACCGAGCUGUUCCUUUUCCGCUUCGCCCACCAUUGGUGUACAGCUCCAAGUUAAAGAGAAAUGUUGGAUUGAGAGCAAAACUCAGCUAUGAAAAUGACCCAUUACUCCAAGCAGCCAUGAAUGCGGCAUCUCUUCGUUAUCAAGAGACCCACAGACCAGAACCGCUUUUUGUUGACCCAUAUGCUGGUUGCCUGGUCCAUCCCAACAUUCAAACGGAUUUAAAGAAGAAACGGAGUCAUUACUGCCUUGCAACAAAGUUCAUUGAUGACAAGUUGCUUCGUACAGUUAACCAUAUUGAUGGGCUUAAGCAGGUUGUUUUGUUAACAGAUGGUAUGGAUACUCGGCCAUAUAGGCUUAACUGGCCAAGUUCAACCAUUAUAUUUGAUAUUUCCCCAGAACAGGUGUUCAAAAAGGCUGCUGAAAAACUUAGAGCUGUGGGGGCAAAGAUUCCAAGAGGUUGUUCACUUCUUCACGUUCCACGAGAGUCUUCUAAUAUUCAACAAAUUUUGCGCACAAAAGGCUUUUCGGGUAGUCGACCAAGUAUAUGGGCUAUUCAGGGACUUCCUUUGAUUACUUUGGCAAGUUUUGAAGAGAUUUUGUUUGCUAUUAGUGGUUUGGCUAUGAAUGGUAGUUUUUUCUUAGGAGAAUUGCCAGCAUGGUUGGCAGAAACUGAAGUUGGAAUCAAGUCUACUACUGAAAACUGGGUUGAAAAUGAAUUCACUAGCAAUGGUUUCCGUGUGGAUGUGAUUAACUACAAUGAUGUUGCCACAAGUUUAAGGAAGGAAAUAGAAACAAAAGAUUACAAGAACAUGUUAUUUGUUGCAGAACACCUACAAUUUUCUGAUGAUCAGAUGGAAGCUUGGAGAAGAGCAUUUCGAAUGGUCGAGGAAGAGGGAGAUGAAGAAGGUUUUGAGGAGCUGUAAAUGAGAAAAUACAUUGUCAAAGGCAAAUACACAAGAAGAGAUGGUCGAGGAAGAGGGAGAUGAAGAAGGUUUUGACGAGCUGUAAAUGAGAAAACACUUUGUCAAAGGCAAAUACACAACAAACACAUCUUUUGCCCUUUUAUGCUCUAUUUUAUCUCUCUAGCUGAAGUUAUGCUGCAUCUUUUGGUAAUUGUGUAGAAAACCCCAAACUAGAAUCAUAAAUAUACAAUGCAUUUUUGUAUGUGUAAGCUUGAUUGCUUUUGAGGUUUGGCCUUUUUUUUCUUUUUGG